AUGUCUUCCUAUCGUGUCUCCAGCAACACAGCCUCUUACAGGAGGACAUUUGGAGGGCCCUCCGUGUCCCCCAUCUCUGUCUCCAGGCUGUCCAGCUCUGGACGGCUGCUAACAUCUCCAGCCUCUCUGUCCACGGUGAGGAACACGUCCUACCGGCACAGGUCCAGCACUCCGGCCACGGCCAGGAGCUACCACGACAAGGUGGACUUCUCGGUGGCCGAUGCCCUCAACCAGGAGUUCCUGACCACUCGCACCAAUGAGAAGGUGGAGCUGCAGGAGCUGAACGACCGCUUCGCCAACUUCAUCGACAAAGUGAGGUUCCUGGAGCAGCAGAACGCCGUGCUGGUCGCCGAGCUCAACCAACUGAGGUCCAAGGAGCCGAGCAGAACUGGGGAUGUCUACCUGCAAGAGAUCAGGGAGCUGAAGAGACAACUAGAGCUGGUGGUCAAGGACAGGGACCGCAUCCAGGUGGAGAAGGACAAUCUAGUCGAUGAUCUGCAGAACUCCAGACAACGAUUGGAAGAGGAAGCCCAGAAGAGAGAGGAUACAGAGAAUAAUCUGGUACUGUUCAGGAAGGAUGUUGAUGAUGCGACUUUAGCUAGGUUGGAGCUGGAGAGAAAGAUCGAGUCGCUGUUGGACGAAAUCGAAUUUCUCAAGAAGAUCCAUGAUGAGGAGUUGCGGGACCUCCAGAUGAACAUGCAGGCUUCACAAGUACAGGUUGAGAUGGAAGUGGCAAAGCCAGACCUGACUGCAGCUCUGAAAGAGAUCCGCACACAGUACGAGACCAUUGCCACCAAGAACGUGCAGGAGGCCGAGGAGUGGUACAAGUCCAAGUUUACCGAUCUAACGGAUGCCGCCAACCGGAAUAAUGAAACCCUGAGACAGACGAAGCAGGAUCUAAAUGAGUCACGGCGUCAAAUCCAGACACUGACCUGUGAUCUGGAUGCACUGAGAGGAACUAAUGAGUCUCUGCUGCGGCAGCUGCGGGAGAUGGAGGAGCAGUUUUCCAUCGAAGCAUCCGGCUACCAGGAUUCCAUUGCUCGUCUUGAGCAAGAGGUUCAUCACAUGAAGGAUGAGAUGGCAAGACACCUGAGGGAGUAUCAGGAUCUGCUCAAUGUCAAGAUGGCCCUGGACAUUGAAAUUGCCACCUACAGGAAACUGCUAGAAGGGGAAGAGAGCAGGAUUGCAGUCCCGGUCCAGUCCUUUUCUUCCCUCAGCUUUAGAGAUUAUGAUCACAAUUCAGAUAUUCCAAGCAGGAAGACCGUGUUAAUCAAAACCAUUGAGACCCGGGAUGGAGAGGUGGUAAAUGAAUCUAGAAAGGAGCAACAGAACGAGCGUGAUCAUUGAAUGCUCACAGCCCCAAGUGAUCGUUUGAAUUUGGGAUCUGAGUAAAACAGAAGAAGAAGAGAAGACUGAUUUUUUAUUUGCCCUUAGUUUCCAUUUACCCUUAUUUCUGUUCAGAAGUUUAAAAUUUCCAAUCAAUGCAUUGUACUAUAACCCUGGAGACUCACACUAUACAGCAAGCAAAUCCAGGGCCUGACAUGCUCUUUAAAUUAAAAUACUUAUUAGGCUCAUUAUUCAAACCUUUACAAUCCUAAGUCUACACUUUUUAAAACAGGCAUUCUCAAAUGUAUGUUGCUCCCCUCACCUCUGAUGAACUAGUCUGC